GCGUCGCGCUGUCUCCUCCGCCUCCGCCUCGCGCGCCUCGCGCACCUCGCGCGCCUCGCGCUCGAUCCGUCGCCGCAAGCGGCGGCUCCGGCGGCAGCGCUCCGCUUCCAGCGGUUCAAGCGCUCGCAGCAAGCGCGCGGUGAAGCCGACGAAACAUAUCCGAGAGGUGCUCCUGGAGAGGAUCCUGGGAGACGUGGCACGGCUUCGAGAUGUCGAGAAGACCUACCAGAACCUCUCCACCCACGAAUGGUUAGAUCGGCAAUGCAUCGAAGUCUUUGAGGACCGGAGCCACCGGAUCCGAAGCCACGGGACCCCCAUCGUCAUCGAAUUCAGCCGGCACCAGCAGUACUCCUUGGUGCUGGGAUCCUUGCAGGACACCUCGAAGGUGGACUGCCUGGUCUUUCACUGGAAAGAUGCUCCAGGGCCUCUGGCCUGUAAGCUCUGUCUAGAUGCCAGGAAGGCCGGCAAGGAUCUGACAUCGAUGCUGGCACGGUUCCUGAAAGAGAAGUACCACGCCCAGUACGCCCCCGCCGAGACUCCCGAGGCCUGGGACGAGUUUCAUGGCCGGCGAGCAGAGAUCGAAGUGAGGUACAUUCGUCACUCGCAUGACGCGGUCCAUGAUACCUUCGGGCAUGGAGAGCAUCGCGGUGCCAGUGUCCGAGAGCUGGUGGAGAAGUUGAUCCAGGGGAAGGUGAGGACUCAGGACCUGACACCUUUUGUGGUCAUCAAAAUCGGCGACCAGGAGUUCUGGGCCGUCUUUGGCAAUCGCCGGCUGAAGGCGUUGAAAGAGUUCCAGGAGCACGAGGGAACCCACCGCAAGGUGAAGGCAAGAUGCCUAGUCUGGUCCAAGGAUGACGUUCCCGCAUCCCUGGCCUGUAAGCUGGCCAUGAGCGCCACGACCACGAAUGACGGCCAGUUUGCUGCCUACAAGGGCAAAGGCAGAGGCAAGGGCAAAGGCAAAAGCCGUGCUUGAGCGCGUCGACAGUUUGGCCGCUGCCGUGUUCCCGGGUGGGUGUCCAGGGGUUUGC